GGUCAUACAGUUGCACAUGCAUGGUUUUUGGUUCUUUUAUUCAUUUCAAAUGUUGAAUAAUUUCGAAAACCCGUGAGAAAUAUUUGAAUUAAAAGCGUUGUCGUGAAGACGGUGCACCAAAAGCCAAUACCCUUUUGGCCAAGUUCAAGUUUCGAAUGCGCUAAAACGCCCACAGACCCUAUCCAACGAUAGGCGUGCACAUUCCGCUGGGCUGGUGAUAGAAUUCUGUGUUGUUGCGAAAAUUAAGCCUAAACCAGACAAUUGCAUAGUGUAUAGCAGUGUGUCGUGAGUGUUCUUUUUAAAAUGAAUGAUCCGGGAUUGGGUCCAGCGACGAACAUGGCCGAUUCUAACCAUGCGAGUGGCAGCAACAAAUUCACGCCGCUGCUGACGCCACCGUCGCAGUCGCCAGUCGUAGUCGGAAGUGCAGCUCCGCCCAAGCGUAUAAUCAACAGAAUACCAUUGGAUUUCAACAAACUUAAGCAGGCUGGCUUGGACAUAAAGCUAGCGGAAGCAUUGCGAAAGCAAAGCUCAACUGCAAUGCCCGCAGCGACCUCUCUUCCAGCUCCUGCUGCCGCUGCUGCAACAACAACUGCGCAGUCGGCGGCAAUGACUAGUGCCACCGCCACAGCCUCAAUUGAACAAAAGCCAAAAUCAGCUCCACCGUCCAGAAGAAACCGAUCCACCAUCUCGAAGUACAUUGAAAAAUUGAUACCCGAAGAAAUUGUGGCCGAACGGUCGCAGCAUUUAAAGACUCUGAUCAAGAAUCGGAUACUGAACAAGGGCAGGAUUACGUCUACGCUAAACACUCCGAAGUCAUCCCCAGCCACAUUGACCACAACGGCAUCACCAUCCUCCUCAACAUCCCCGCCAAGUCUCUUCAUGUCGCCCAUAGCCAAGGCGGAUGUGACUGUGCGAUCGAAGCAGCCGCCGUUGCUGCUGAAUCUGGUGAAUCAGUUGCCCAAGAACCGAGCCUUGUGCGGACCCAGCAUGCAGCAGUUGUGCAGGCAGCAGCAACAGGAGCAGCCUGUGCCACAGCCCCAGCCAGUGCCAGUGGUGCCACUGAUCCACAAGGCUCCAUCGCCGCCGUUGAUUGUGUUGGAGAACAAGGUCCUGGCGCCAGAGGAGAAGAUCGAUUUGAGUGAUCUACGUCUGCCCAACUCUUCUACGAUGCCACAGACCUCCAGGUCUCAGGGGAAGCCAGUGCCUGUGAUGGCACGACAGGUGCAGACUUAUCCCGGUCCCAACUCCUCCAAGACCAAGGUGAUUCUGAAUGCCAACAAACUGAAGGUGUCGCGGGAGAAGCUAGCCGAGAUGGCCAAACAGAUCCACAGCCAGGUAAAGCAGGUGGAAAAGAAGCCAGCUCCUGCCACAGUUUCCCCACUCAAAAUCACAGAAGACAUUAGUCCCGUUCGUGUCAGUUUCUCGCCAUCCCCGUCCACAUCUCCCUUGUCCUCUCCUUCUCCUGCUCCAAAAGUACUCUCCGCUGUGGACUUUAUAGCCCAACUGACCGCUGACAAUCCGCUGGAUGAGAGCAGCUUCAUAGAGCUGUCGCCAGAAGAGCAAAUGAUGAGCGCGCUCUUUGGCUCAAGAGGAGGCAGCAUGCAGCCCACCGUGGAGGAGCCACCAAAGGACAUAGAACCCGAAGAAGAGUUGCCAAUUGGCAAGAUACUGAAGCUGGAUGAUAUGGAUAUACUCCACGCUACUCUGGAUGUGAAUGAGGACAGGGAGAGUGUCCUGCGGUUCAGUCCGAAUGCGUUAAAGCUGCAGAGUAGCGUGGUGACACGCAGGGACCAACCAGAAGCCAACAUGAGGAUCAUUUUAACGGAGGAACAUCAGCUGCAAGAGCUGCUUGAAGAGAAAUCAGCUCCGGCAGAAGGGACAGAGGAAACAGCCAGAGAAAUGUCUAAAGAUGUGCCAGGAAUGACGGAGGGAAAAGCCAGUGAAAUUUCUGAAAAUCAACCAAUAAUGAUAGAGGGAACAGCCAGGGAAAUGUCUAAAAAUGUGCCAGAAAAUACUGAGGGAAAUGUCAGUGAAAUGUCAAAAAAUCCAGCAUCAAUUACAGAGGAAACAGUCAGGGAAAAGUGCAACGACGAAGCAUUAAUGUCCGAUAAAACAGUCAAAGAAAUGUCCAAAGAUGAAGAAGAAAGGGCCCAAAAAGCAGUCAAAGAAAUUUGGGAGGAAGCCACAGAUCCACAGAAGUCGGAAACAGAAGCCAAAAGUGUGCCAAACCCAGCUUCAAAUGCAGCCCCCAGCAAGGAAAAGGAUAAACCACAGCCAGCCCCGCGGCCAACGAGGUUUAAGAAGGGUAAAGUAAAUUUAGUGCAACGCUCGAAACGAGCAAAUCCACCUAAAACCAAAGCGGUCAGUCCUGAAAAGGAGCUCAACGAUGCGAAAAGGGCAAGACUCGAAGUGGAGCAACCAGAAGAGGAGGAACCGACAAUGGAUCAGAGUUUCCUUGAGGAUAGUUAUGGCAGAAGGAGAGAAGUUGAGGUAAUUAAACCAGUGGAUGAAGGCAUAACAGCUAAAGACAAAGUAAACCUUAAUUUAUCUAGUGUUAAAAAUGAUCUGCAGGUCCAAGCAGAUGCGGGGGAUGUGGGGGAGUGUGCAGUAGAAGCAGGAAAAGAAGCAGAAGUCAGAGAAAAAAACAACGAAGAACCCGAAGAGAUACUAGUCAGUAGAUGUGCUGGAUCAGAGGUGCUGAAACCACAAGAGGACACGCCACCAAAACCCUCAACAGAACGUGAUUUAAACCAACUCUAUCAUCCACCAAAAAUGCCAAAGAAUAAAUCAAAUAAAUCGAACAACAGCAGAGAAGAUCAAUCAGAUGUAGCCACAACGAGCAGCAGCAGCAGCAGCAGCAGCAGCAGCAAUGUGUCCCUGCUAUUGGAUGUCCUCCAGCAGGAGCCACCAGCAGAACAGGGCGAAGCGCUGCUGCCUUUCCGCAAACAGUCUCAGACUGAAACCAAGUCCCCGUCCCAGGAUCCAGUUCCCACAGGAAUUAACAAUUUAAUGAGCCAUUUGUCAGCGGAAAAGAUCGUGCCACAGAGCAAGAGGGUGUCUCCCACGCCCAACCAAGCAGCGCCCCGCAAGAAACUAGUCAAGACACGCCCUGUUCUCAACAAAAGAUCCCCACGAAUCGGUUCCAUUGCAGCUGGCCAACCCAUCAGUGUUAGCGGAGCAGGAAGUCGCAUUCCCACUUCCAGCACCAGCGAUGAUGAUGCAUCCGUGUUCCUGGGCUUUGAUAACAAAGAGGAGGAGCAACCUGUCAAAGAGGAAGCGAGUCUCAAGCGAGGCAAGCAAAUUAGAUGCAACGAAACGGAUAUCAGUGAUGAUGCUACGCCGGACUAUGACGAAACGGAGGAGGAGAACCAACAGGAGAACCCAAAGAAGUCAAAUAAUGAAAAUCAAACACUUUUAGGAGGAGAAAAAAAUGACUUAAGGGGAGCGGAAGCGGAACACGCAGACAGCGAGUCCAAUGCUAGUCCCAUGCAAAUGGAAACACUUUAUUCAAUGGAAGUGGAAGAAAUAAGCGAACAAGUUGCCGAAAAAUGCGAAGCUAUUGCGGAAAUAAGCACAGAACUAGACACAGAUCCUCAGUUAGAUUCGAAGACUGAAGAGGAACUGUCAACGGCAACAGCGGUGCCGCCAUCGAACUCAAUUAAUGUCAGCGAAAGUCCAGAAAUAGCUGCAGUGGAGCCAGAAUCUGUGACAGAAUCAAAAGAUUCAGCAAGACAUGAAGAUAAACCAAGCGAAAAGGAUUCCAAUGAAUGUGAAACCAGCCAGAUAGAAACAGACUUAAAGGAGACUUCCAGUAUAGAAGAACCACCAGAACAACCAACGGUAGAGGCGAAAGGCCAGCGUAGGCCACGAGGCAGACCAAAAAGGGCAAACAGCAAGGCCCACAAGCGAAGAGAAGAGGAGCCAAGAGAAGAGGAAAAUACUUCAGAUGUACCAGAUGAAGCACAACCAUCGCCAUGUGGCAAAAGAAAGCGCGCAACUAGAAGUACUUCCACCGAGUCAGUGCCAGUUCUACCUGAAGCAACGCCAGCGGAAGACGAAGAUCAGCCUGAGUCCACCCCAUCUAUGAGCCCCAAUCGCAAGCGACAAGCGAGACUCAGUUCUCCCACGACAACAGCUAAAGUGCCAGCCAAAAGAGGUAGAAAAAGUUUAGCAGCCGUGACAGAAGCAACACCAACUACGACGCCAACGCCUGAAACCCUCAACAAACUGCAGCUGGAGGAGGAAACGAUUGAGGUAACGCCAACGAGAAAAAGAGGCAGACCCAGGCAAACUGCGGAGUCGACACCAAAGCCAAACGAUGAGUUCCAACUGCGUCUGUUGCUCAUACGAAAGCGGGAACAGCUGGACACCAACGAAGAUCUCUACGAGCAGGGCAAGGGUCCGCUCCAAUGUGGUGUUUGCCUGGGCCGCACCACCAAAGCCAAUUGGAACAAACAUCUGAAGCAGCACUACGGAGUGGGUUGGGUGCUCGCAGAACAAGAACCGCAACAGACUCUUUCACGGGUAGCUGUACUAAACAUGAUGAAAGGUUAUCUCAAAGAUGGCCACGCCACACAUUUAAGCUGUCGCCUGUGUGAUCGGCAGUUGGGCUCUGGCCUGGGCAUGUUGACGCACCUGGAAUCGUGCGGGGACAACGAUAAGCCCGAGUGUCAGUACUGUAAGCGCACCUACACGAAGCUCUAUCAUCCUGUGCAUGAGAAAAGCUGUGGGCAACGUCCCAUGGCCCAGCAGCAGCAGGAGAAGGCUGAUAAGCCAGAGGCAGAGACGCCAUACUCGAAUGUUGAUUGGAUCAAACGUUUGCUGCUCAUCCGUAAGCGAGAGGAGCUGGCUACCAACGAAGAGCUCACCGAGAAGGGUACAGGCAAGGGACCCCUUCAAUGUGGCCUAUGCCUGGCCCGCAGCACCAAGGACAUGUGGACAGCACACCUGAGGCAGCAUUAUGGCGUGGGUUGGCUCACGGGCAAAGAACCGCAGCCUCUCAGCCGAAAAACUUUGUUGGCGAUGAUGAUAGCUUACCUCAAGCAGGGCCAUGCAAAGCAUUUGGAGUGUCGCCUUUGCGGUCGCCAGCUGGGCUCUGGCCUGGGCAUGCUGAUGCAUCUGGAAUCGUGCGGGGACAACGAUCGAGUGGAGUGUCAGCACUGUAAGCGCACAUAUACGAAGCUCUAUCAUGCCGCGCAUGAGAAAUCGUGCAAGGAGCGUCCAGGCCUGCAGCAGAAGAAGGAGGAUGCAGCAGAGGCAGUCAACGUAGGGGAAACUACGGGUCCGAUGUACACGAACGCGGGUCAUGCCAAGCGCAAGUCCACCAUUAAAGCCGAAAAUAAAUUGAAGAAAAUCAAGGCGGAUCUGAAAACGCAAGACAACGAGGAGCGCGAUUCAAAUACCAAAUCAAAAGAUGACUUUGAAGGCGAUUCAUCUGACUAUGAUAUGAACCAGGACAAAGAAUCCUCAGAGGAAUACGAUUCAGAGGCGGUCGAUUCCAACGAGGAUGCUGCGCAGACAGAGGAUGACAUCAGUCCCAGUGAUAUGCCCAGAUUGAAGCAGAUUAAUCGAGUCAAGCGGAAGAAUGUAGAGGGGAAAAGUAUGAAGAAUGACAGGCAAACGGGAGGAACUAAUUGCCAGCCAUUGUUCUCCCGCUAUGCAAAGCUGCAUAAAAAAGUGGAACAAAAAUGGAACCAAUUCACCGAUAAAAACUAUGCUGCAGAGGCCUUGUAUCCACAGCUAAAGCCUGCCUAUUGCAGGCUCUCUUCGGCGGAAGCCAGGGAGUUGUUGCCUGCCAAGGAUACCAGAUCCAUGCGCUAUGCGUAUGGUGAUGUGGAAAAUGCAGAUGAUUGGAGGCAGCUGGCACCGCUGGAGAGCUUCCAAACAGUCGAUGAACAUAUUGGCUUUUUGGGAGCACCUAUCAAACAGCUCGCCUGGGCACCCCUGCCGCCAACGGUCACCGAGCAAUAUCUGCUGUGCUCCCUCCGCAAACAUAUGCUGGCCCAUGCCAGGCAGAUACCGCAUAAGUUUUCGGAUGCCCUGUUAAUGCUGCUCAAGUGCAAGUUGUCUGCUAGCGUCAAGGAGAGGCAAGGAGUGUGGCCUCUGGAAACGAGCCUACACUAUGCCAUACGAGUACCCAAUGGACCUGUUCAUACCUUUGCAUUUAUGCCCAGUGGCGGGUAUGAUAAGUCGGCCAAUCGAUUGGGUCUGCUGGCGGUGGCUAAUUCGUUAACCGAUGUGAAGAUCUAUGCCCUGCCACUGGAACUGGAAGAUGAGGCAACUGGGAAUGUGGUUAUUGAACUGCAGUCAACGCUGACACUCACACUGGAUGUGCAGAAUCCUGUCAUGGAUCAGUGCACUAAAAUCUGUUGGUCUGAGGGCUCUAGUCACAAUCUCCUGGUGACUGGCUAUGCCAGUGGUAACGUUGCCUUUUGGGAAAUUUCGGAUGAGCAGAGCAUUAAUUGCUUUAAACAAAAAAAUCACUCAACCUUUGUUCCUUUGCAUUUUUUCUACUUUGGCGAGCAUAAUAUACAGAUUUUGGAGCUUCAUUAUGACACGAGUGGACCACGUUGGCUGGCUAUUGGUACGUCCACGCGAAAAUUAUGGAUCUAUGAUAUUAUCAACUGGUCGCAGCCAAUGCCCCUAAACGAAGACUCCAUCUCCAAUCUGUAUUUGGCCAGUGCCUUCUGGCCACCCAUUUGGGAAGCGCUGGUCGUUGCCUGCAGUGAUGUUCAGCGACGCUUUUACUCGCGCUUGAUAUCGCUCAGCCCAACGGGCAUCCUGUUUAACAACAAAACUGUGGACUAUACGAUUAGCUCUGGGCGAGCCAUGCACUUCAAUGUGCAGGAGAAUAUCCAAGUGGUGGCCACUGAUAAUGGGGAUUUGGUGUUCCUCAAUGUCCGUGAGCUCAACGCGGAGCCCAUACUGCUGAAGAUGUUGAGCAAAUUCCGUGUCGUAUCUACCAGCAAUCUGUGUAAUAUGAGCACGGAAUUAACAACCCCGGCUACACCCGAUACACCUAUAACUACCGACGAUUUUCUACGUGAUUUUGGCUUGAACCUUAAGCCAUUGUCUCUGGUGACCAACGUACAGAAGGCGGCCUACAUCAAUCCGAAGCGACUGCCCAAAGAAUACGAGCUUUUGCCCAUGACGCGUUUGAACACAGUUCGAUGCAAUUGGAACAGACCGGCGCACAGUUGGGUGGCUGUUGGGGCAGAACACGGUAUGCUGCGAAUCGUUAAUUUUGAUCAAGAGAAGUUCUUUUAGCGGCACAUUCUCGGGGAUAUCUCGUAUAAUAGGCACACAUCUCUGAGAGUAUAUUACUUUCUGUUAAAUUCUUUGGUUAGUUUUAAAAUAUACACGAUGGAUAAUCAUAGUUGUAAAUUAAUUAUAGCUCUUGUUAAAUUAUAUAUUUCCUAUGUAUUUGAUAUGGAUUAGAUAUUUAUACCUGCAAC